GUACAAUUGUAUCGUAGUCAUUCAAGAUCAAAUUGGGACACAGGAACGUCAAGGUCAUGCAGGGAUGUUCUGGGUUUCGGCAUAAAGCUCAUGCAAAAAUUCCCAUAGCUGUCCGUCCAGUUUUGGCCUCUAGGGAUAUUCACUUCACAACAGCCACAGGAGAAUUACUGUAACACUUCAACGAAUCAAUCUCUGAGCCUCUCAUUGUCGGGAUGCAACCCAUAAAGUGUGUCAAUAUGUUCUCUCUUGGCUGGAAGAACAUCAAAGCGAAAUGGAGACUCUCCGGGAAACGUCGUCAUGUAGGAAAAGAAGAGAGUCAUGAAAUGUUCACUAGAACUAUCCAAAUUCUGGAACCGACUUCGAACUUGCAAGCACAACAAUUCAAAGCAAUCCUUGACGCAGGGUGCUAUGCAGGAGAUUUGAUCACUUUUGAUGUGAUUAUUACCUUGGGAUGCAUUGACAAGGUUCAACUAUGUGACGAGGCGGUUGGUGUUUGUCUUAACGGCAGCAUGCUCCGAUCCAUUGGCACGAUUGUGUUGCGAUGGGAGGGAGUAGGCUUAUACAAGAUCUUCGAAUCUCGGUUUUAUGUUGUGCAAGGUGAUUCUCUCGCAUGGCAAAUCAUCUUAGGCGCCAAAACAUGCGCCACGCAUAAUCUGCUCACCGCCGGGGCUUUCGGGGGCUCGAAACGUCAGGUUUUCUACAAAAAAGAAAAGAAAGACAGCGCUGAGGAUGCUGCACGCAUCGAAAAAUACAAGAAAGACGUCGCUGAUAAUGCAGAAAGAGUUGAAAGAGACAAGGCUGCAAGAGCUGCUGCCAAGGCUCAAGGACAGCACGGCAAUGGAGAAGGCUCCUCGAAGGAUCAAAACUAAGCUGGAUAGCAAACCAUCAUGGUCAAGUCCAAAAGUUCUCAGCAUGGGCGCCAAUUCCCUUUUCCAAAUGUUCCUCUUCGUUUGGUUCAUGCAGCUGAUUUAUCAACCUUUCAAUGAGAAACCGGCAGUCCAUUCCCUGAGAUGAAAACCACCUGGACAGCGGAG